AUACACGUCAACAUUCUAUUUAAUCUUUUUACUACAUUAACCUGACCCUGGAUAUACGCAUGGAUUUUCUGGCAGAUAGCUGUUUAUCAACAAGUGUCAUAUUCAAGUCAUAUAAAAAGCCAUGCCAAACAAGCACUCGAUAUCAUUUUUUGCUGGCUGGUCGUUAUUAUUCACCAUCAUCAUUAUCAUCAACAUUUUAUUAUUUUGCAACACAAUUUUUUAGAUAUGACCAAGAGCGAUCAAAUCGCGUCGUUGCGACACCAUUUACAGAAUUUGUUCGUAUUGAUCGACUCCGGAAAUGAUUUGAAAUUCAUCCAGAACUACGAAAAAUAUGUUGACAAACUCGUCAAAUUCAUGAAGGUGUAUAGAUCUUACGCAACGAAACUCGACAUGUUCGACGCCGUGCAAAAAAAGGUGGAAGCUUUGAUCAACUCACCAGAAAUUUCGUCAUUGAUCAAAGAAUCAUUGAGACCCAAAUUUGAUCGUGCAAAUGAACUUGCUGCUGGUUUUUCAGAGUUAAUACCGAAAAGAACAUUGGACAAGAAUAAUGCCAUUGUUAAAUCAAUGCAUGCAAUCCGAAGAGGCGAGAUCUCUGCUGUUCAUCCGAAUUUCUAUGUCGACGACAGUAUUAGUCAGGAUGAAUCAUCCGAAAAAAAUCUAAGAACAUUACGAUCAACACCAUCACGUUUAGCGUAUCAAUCAAAUAAAAGAGCCGAAUCCACUGAAUGUAUGGAGAAAAAAUCAUCACCAAUGUGUUCAACGAUUGGCGUUGAUAAUGACGAAACAAACUUAUCCAACCAACGAUCAUCUAAUGGCGAAAAAAUAGAUGGAACAAAAAUUUUUGAUCAUAACGUAAACUGUUCGCCACAGCAACAAUCAUCUUCAAUUGAAUCAAUGAAUAAAUCAUCUCAAGCAUUGGCCGAUUCAAAUGAUGACAAUUCUUCAGUCGAUCUCAGCCGGUCACUGUUACAACAAGAAGAGAAUCGUAAAAUUUUGAAAGAUUAUGAUUAUCAAUAUCGACGCCUCGACCUUAUAGUCAAAACACUUAUGGAUAAGAAAGCAUCAAAGCUAACUCUUCAUCGCUUGACUCAAGAAGUUAAACGCGUACUUGAAGAUUGGUUAUUUCCAUUGAAUGAUAAUUUUUAUCCAUUAUUUCUAUUCGAUAAAGAUGCUAAUGUUCAUUUCGAAUUUUUCAUUUUGGAUCCAGAAUCACCAGUCACUAUUACUAACCGAUCACCAUGUUCGGACAUGCGAAUUUUCGAACUGUCUAAAUUAAUCUAUGCAUUUGUCUAUGAAUAUUGUCAAACUAUUUCCAAAUAAUUUUUUCAAAUCUUGAUACUUUUUUAAAACAAUUAAUUUUUUUGUUUUUUCACCACUUUUUU